UCAAACAUAAGCCCGGUAGGCUUACGCUAGCGGCUAACUUGAUGGAGUCAGGCUUAAGGGAGCGUCGCCAAACUUUCACCCGACAUUAAGUAGACUCUUGGCGGCUUCCAGACAGGCUUGCUCCCUGGUUCUCACGAUUACAGGUUAGUGACUUAUGGCUUGUUCAGAUGUGAAAUUGGAGAUUCAAGAUGAGCAAGAUCUGUGCCGGGACAUCGACAAAUGUCCUCAAGUGGUACGAUACCAGGUCACAAGGUUCCUGAAGGAUGAGAGACACGCUGUGCCAGACCACAUUCACAUUGCUGUGUUGGGGUCCUUGCAGGUUGUCGGUGGACUACUCAGUGUUGGAAUCGGUCUCACGUUUGCCGUAAACCUGGCGAUGGAUCAGUUGCUAGUCAUGCUGUUCAGAGUGUCUCAUUUCACUGGGAUUCUUUUCAUAGUUGCAGGAGUCGUUUCGUUCAUGCUAGUGCGAUAUCCAGGAUUGCUACCUGUGUCCCUCGUUAUCAACAGAGGCUGUAUUGUUAUUGGAUUAGUUGCUGUUAGUCUUACAGUUGUAGACUUCAGUCAAGGGAAAUAUAAAGAUGACCAAAAUUUCAAGAUUCAUGUGCUGGAGCUUUGCAUGUUGGGACUUCAGCUUAUUCUUACUGUGACUCUCUCUGUAAUUCUUUGCCUGGACAGAAAAGUAUCACAUUGAAUGAUUAAACCUUUAUGGGGAAAAAAAAAAAAAGAAUUUUGAGGAGUGUUUGGUGGGUGAAAAAAAAUUGUGAUAAAUGUGUUCC